CCAAGCGUCAUGCGCAAUGAAGGUGCGCGUUUUGUUUGUAAUGGCAGCCAGCAUUAUCUCAUUACGAUGGAUACGAAUUUUUUAUAUUGCUAGUGUUGCAAAUUUCAUUGCAUCCCUUUGAACAUGAUAUUGUGAACGGUAAGACUUUUUGAAGUCUUCUCUUGUCAGUGACAAAUGGCGGGGAAAAGAUCUAAAGGUGGCUAUGAUGGUAAAAUAGCAGGAUUAUACGAUUUGGAGGAGACGAUAGGACAGGGUCAUUUUGCAGUGGUGAAAUUGGCAAGACAUGUCUUCACCGGAGAGAAAGUAGCUGUGAAAGUUAUAGAUAAGCAAAAACUAGAUGAUAUCUCUAGAUCCCACUUGUUUCAAGAAGUGAGAUGCAUGAAACUAGUUCAGCAUCCAAAUGUAGUACGUCUGUAUGAGGUCAUUGACACACAGACCAAAUUGUACCUCAUCUUGGAGCUUGGUGACGGUGAUAUGUAUGACUACAUCAUGAAACACGACGAUGGUCUGGAUGAGGCUGUUGCUAAGAAGUAUUUUCAACAGAUUGUCGAGGCAAUAACUUAUUGUCACAGACUUCAUGUUGUUCACAGAGACCUUAAACCAGAAAACGUUGUGUUUUUCAAUAAGCUUGGCAUUGUCAAGUUGACAGAUUUUGGAUUUAGCAAUGUUUUUGCACCUGGGAAAAAACUGGAGACAUCUUGUGGAUCCCUUGCAUACUCAGCUCCAGAAAUUCUCCUUGGUGAUUCUUAUGACCCACCGGCAGUUGAUGUGUGGAGCCUGGGUGUUAUCCUCUUUAUGUUGGUUGCUGGUCGUGCUCCUUUCCAGGAAGCUAAUGAUAGUGAAACGUUGACCAUGAUUAUGGACUGUAAAUAUCAGAUACCUCCGCAAGUAUCGGCUCAAUGUCGCAGUUUGAUCACAAGAAUGCUAGUAAGGGAGCCGUCUCAGCGGAUUAACCUUCAGGACAUUGAACAAGACCCCUGGCUCGGGGAUGUUGACAGUCCGGACAGUGGACUCAGGAUCAGUUUGCCUCUGCUUUCAAGAGAGCAUGUGUCUGAGGAGGAUCACAACUAUGUAGUACAGAAGAUGGUUGAGGGAAAGAUUUGUUCCAGAGACGAGAUAUUUCAAUCUCUUGAACGUGAUGCAUACGACCACAUUGCUGCCACAUAUUACUUGCUGGUGGAGCGGAGGCUGCGCAAAUUGCAACAACAGGAGGUAGCUGCUAGCUCAGCCAACAACCUGCGUAAACAGUCAGCACCUUCCACUAACAUCGCUGCUGGGAAGCCCCACUUGGAGCCACUUAUGCUGUCACCACGCAAGCAAAAGGAAAUGAAGAAGACCAAAACUGCCCCAGUGCAUAAAUGUGGUGGUAUCCCCCCUACCCUGGUGAUUACUCCGCCUAUAGUGGAGGAGCCUGGCGCUCGGGGCGUGGGCUCGGCUGCUGUCAGUCCUGGGGGGCCUGACUUUGUCAAAAGCCUCACCACCAGCAUGACCCUUGACAGACGCACCAACCACCGGAAGAAGCUGGAAGGUCCCUCUCAGCACCGCAUGACCAUGUCGGCCAACCUGGGGCUGCCCAGCCCAGCCUCUGCCCCGGCCUCUGCUCCGAGUGGCCCUCUCAUACCCAAGAUGGACGAAAAGGGCAAACCUCAGCAGCGUGUUCGGUCGGCACCCCUCACCACGCACGAAGGGGUCAAGGCUGUGGUGGCCAAAAAGAAGUCAUCGGCACCGUCUUUCUCCAAAAUAGCCAUAUUGAGCUCGUUCUUUGAGCGCAAAGCAGCACAGGAAUCCGGCGCGUUGCCACCCCCACAGCCCCACCAGAGACUCUUCCCUUGGAUGGGGGGACGCGACAGAAAAUCCAAGCAACGAGUUGCCCUCAGUCCUAACUCACCAACCUCGCUAGGCUUUUCGGAUGUUGGUCAUUUUCACCGAGUUCAGUCGGCCGGACCAGACCACUGUGACCCUUCCAACCUGGUGCAGUCGUUGGUGUCGCCCCCGGGUACCCACCCAUCGCCAGCGUCAGCCUCACCAGGCAUGAGCCAGCUGUCACCUGAGGCCAUGUUUGCUGCCAUACGCAAAUGCAGUCUCAUACGUGAGGAGUCUCAGGACGACGAUGAUGAUGAUGACCUUGAUGACUUUGACAUGGACUCUUGUGAGUUGAAGCCAUCAAAAAGUCUGGAGUUCCUGGAUGAGCGCUCGAGUGACUUUUCCCCAGCGUCCGGUCCUGAAGUGGGACUGAUGCCGAAGUUGUCUCAGCCUCCUAGUGCAGGACACGAUCCUGUGAAUCCGAGGCGACCUCUGAAGUCUGUUUGCAGCUCUCCACAGUUGCUCAAUCAGAUCCAUGAGGAGAAUGAAUCGGAGGAUGAGGAUGAUUUUGUCCCCCUGAAGCUAUCUGCUCCUCGUGGCCGGUACUCCCACAGUGGGAUGGCUUCCCCUGAAAUCCUGCGUAAGUAUGAACAACGUCGCCGCCGCCGGGGAGCUGGCCAGAGGGGUGCAAGCUGCAGUAGUUCAGACGCAAGCGACACUGACGACACAGAGGGCCGCUCUCGGAAAGACAGUAAACUCAAACACAAGUUUGUUCACCGGCGGGAUAGCAGUGACCACUCCAGUGACACAGAUGGUCCCAGUGGAGGGAACAACCUUGGAGGUGGUGGCAGAAUCGGCAAUGGUGGGAGCGGUGCCAAGACAUCCAGUGGUGGUCGCAGUAGUCGUCGUGAUGGUGGUGGUGGUGGUGGUGACGGGAGAGGUGGUGGUGGAAAUGGUGGUGGUAGUGGUGGGAAAGGACAUCAACAUAAUUCGCGACAUCAUACUCUGUGUGCUAGUGAUAGCCGGUCUAGUGGAGAGGACCCUAAUGAGUGGCCAGUAGCCAGUAAUGGACAUGUGACUUUAGAGUUUGGUGAUGAGAACAUUGACUGCAGUAAUAACCAAAAUAGCAACUUGAAAACUAACAAUUUUAGUAAGAUAAGUCUGAAUAACAAACGCAAUCACCUGACUCGGCAAAACCCUGUGAUUGGCCACGAAGGGUUAGCCAUACUGAACACAGACCUUCAUCUUUUGGCCCUCUCUCAAAAACUAUCGUCUAUCAGCUCGACGUCUCCUCUCAGCGGAGGCAUCAGCUUACACAGUAACACUGCCAUGAACAACUCCAACACACUGAACAACAAUAACAAUAAGAUCACCGGCUGUUUGACCUCUGUCCUAGUGGCCCCGGCACCCUCACACGAACGGCCGGACCAGUAUCUAGGUCAACAUUACCCCUCCCCUCUCCCAGCCAGCUCUGAUUGCGAUGAGUUCUCACAGAUUUCAGAGUACUGUGAGCGCCUCAUGGAAAGCCAGACCAGCGCAGCGUCUUUAUGCACAGGGGACUGUGGCCCUGCUACUGGAUCUCGGCUCAACCCAGCCCAGGGAGCUCCUACCUGCUGCAAGGUGGGCUCUGCUGGCCCGGGUCUACAAGUGGAGUCCAAGUGUUGCUCGGUUGUCUGAGAUAUAUGUGUUGAAGAUCCUCAGUGAGAUGCAAGUUUGGGGAAGGAAAGUAUGACAGUGGAGCUCUAAUAUAGGGCUGAGGCCAGCGCUUUCAAGAAUUUUCAGAAACACAGAUACUGUGAUAAGCAAAUGAAGAUGUCGGGGGUGGGGGAAAACUGGUGAUGUCACAUUUUCCUACUGAAUGAAAAUUUAGAUCUAGAGACUUCCUGUUUCUCUCACAUGUAGAAUUCUUAAUAGUUUUUAUGUUCUUCGGAUGGAAUAUUCAUUUUGUAGUUAUUUUAGACAGGUUUCAUCCUCAUAUUAUUAUGCUGUACAGUGGGGAUUUGAAAAUAAUAAAGACUAUAAUAGUUUGGACAUCACCAUUAACUUCAGUGGUAAAGAUCUGUCCAUAUAAAAAAAAACCCCAAAGGAUGGAAAGAUCAAAGUUUUUUACCCUUGCCUUUUUCAAACAAUUGGGGAAUGGUAGAGGCUAAUAGAACAGCUUGUUUGGGUGGGUUAAAUUUAAUUGCAAUGUUUUCAAUGUAGUUGCAAAUAAAAAGGAAAAGGAAAGUCCAGUCUUUAUGCAGCCUUUUGAGAAUACUGUAAGCUCUGCUAAAGAAUUUACACUUGAAAUAAGAUAUUCGAUAAAGCAAGAUCCUGGGGUAGUUUUAUUUGAUUGUGGUCAGAAGUUUUUUGAGUGAUUUAGUAUGUGUUUGUGAACUCAUGGCUUUUUAUGUUGGUGUGUGUUAAGAAUGAUAUACCCAGUGGAACAGUAAUCACCCUGGCUCAGCAGGUUCUGAUGCCCAGCUGCAUUGUGUUCUGUUGUUUGUUAGUGUAGUGGGGACAAAGGUUAUGAUCAAGCAGUUACUUGGUUUCAGCUUGCCUGUGGAGUGAAAUAUGAUUUGUUCUUCUCUUAUAAUACGUCACUGGGGACUGAGGGAACCAUCCUUGGCAUGGGUGAAUGUCGUGUGCUUGGAGAUGGUCUUUUUCUGCACAGGAACACUCUCUUCUGUUGUGAAAUUGCUACUCCCUGGAAAAGAUCUAUUGUGCUCUGUUUUUAUAGUGCUGUUGAAAUGCUACUCCUUAUAAUGCAUUUCCAGGCACCCUUCAAACCUGUUAUGACUUGACACCGUGUUUACUAUGAUGAAAUGAAAUGAUUAUCAUGUUUGUCUUGAAAGAAUAUUUCUAAAACACAAUAUCAUUUGUGCGGUUUCAGACUAGGCUUCCCAGUCUUAAAACCAGAAAGGAGUCCCAAUGUCCGAAUCAUUUAUGUUGUGUCAGUUAGAUGUUCAUAGACAAGACUGCCAGCUGGUGGUUUCAAUCAAAUGACGUGGUUGUGUAUGUGUAAUGGGAAAAAGUUGGAGCAAACAAGUUGUCUUUAAGCAUUACUUCGUUCUCUUUACCUCACUGUUUCAGGUUUUUUUUUGGAGCUGUAUUAGAGUUAUUAGGCAGUCUUAUUUGUGAAACUUUUUUUUGGUCAUGUUGACGAAUAGAGGUUGUUUUUUGUGAUGAGACAUGUUUUUGCUUUAUGCUGCCACUGGGCUAUCGCAGUUGAUUUCAGCUAACACAUUUGGCAGCGUUAUUACAGUGAGUAACAGACAAAUAAGUGCAGUUUUUAAGUUUCCUUUGUGGCUUACAACUGCCGAGUUGGAAAACGAUGAUAGUCUUUAGUGAUAUAUUCUGCCAUAAUUAAAGGAUUAAUUUAUUUUAGUCCGAAAUUAGGUCAAUUGCUGUACUCGCUGCUGUUUAUGUUGGUGCACAGAACUAUUAUGUAUAGUCUUUACUCUAUGCGGAGCAUUACUGACUUGUUAAAUGGAAGAGUCUGGAGAAAGAAAAGUAAAAAAUUUUUGUGUACUCACUAGUGAUUUGCCUUUGUGGGCAUGCCCGGUGUGUGCUUUGUUUUGGCUACUCCUUUCUCAUAUAUAUUUAGUGUUGCUUCUAUUAUUUCGCGGUGAGUUAUGACGGUCAGUGUCUUGAGUGGUAAGGAAGAACUAUUGAACAAUAGCUUGGCUGUAUUAGUUUUUGAGGAUGCCUUUUUUGCAGCUGUGGAGUCAGAAUCUCCAACGGGAGUACAAAGAAGUUUUGUAUACCUCUCAAGGCGUUUUUGUUCUGUGUCUGUUCGUAUGCAUUUCUCAACCUCAAAUUCCAUUUCAUGACUACUGUCGAGGUCAAAUGCAUUCUUUUUAAAAAUCAUUUUCACAAGUUACUUUCUACAGCCUUUUUCUUAGUAUUUAAAAAGAA